AUGGAGGAGUUCAAGUCCAAGUUCCAGGCGGCCCUGGAGGAGCUGAAUUUCAAGCAGCGCUGCAACCAGCUGGCCAAGCUUGGGAAGGAGAUGAAGGCGGCUCAGCCCGCCAAGGUCCAGGAGAUUCUGGAUAGCCUGCUGCCAGAAGUUGACCAAGCCAGUGCCGGCGUGAAGGAGGCCUUUACAGAGAGGGCCCGCCUGAUCGUGGCGAAAGCGGCGGGGUGCACAGGCUACGCCAAGAAGCUGCUGGACUCCCCUUCAAAGACCGUGGGCUUCUCUGCGGCGACGGGCGGACUUCUCAAGCCCGAGGAUGCGCGGGCGGCCUUUCUCUCCAGCGACACCAGCCGCAAGAUGAAGAAGUUCCUCUUGCAGUGCGACUCCUUGGAGUCCGACAAAGAGGUCUUGGAGCACGCCUUUGAGCUCUUUGGAGAGAAGGACAAGGAGCAGUUCUGGCCGCUCCUCGCACGCUCCAAGUCAGAGGAGCUUCUGGAAGAGUACCUCGAGGAGGACAAGCCGAUGAGAGAUUGGCUCAGCGCCAAGCACAGCGACAAGGUGCCCGGCCUGCCGCAGCUGGCGCGCAGGUUCCCCGCCUUCAUGGUGAAGCUGGUCACCAACGGCGCGUUGAGGUGGCGCUGGUACUGGGUCACAGAGAUCCUCGAGCAGGACCCCAUGCCGGUUCUUCGGGCCACGCUGGUGGAGAUGCACACCCAGGGCUCUGGGCCAAAGGCGGGCUACUGCCCCAGCAAGAAGAACCAGGAUUUCUUCUCCACCUUGGCGCACUGGGGUUGGCGCCGGAAGCCCGAGAUGAUGCUGCAGCUGGUGGAGGAGAUGACCCACAAGGGCACGACGGGAAGCGGAGGGCAGUAUGUCAGCAAGGGCCGAGGCAAAGGCAUGGUGCUGAUGAAGGGCGCUGGAAGGGGCCGAGGCCGAGGCGCAGGCGGAGGCGACAAGGACGCGCUGCCGGGGGUGGACCAGGUCAUCCGCCUGGGGGGCGAGAUCAUGUCGACGCACUCCACGCGUCAUGCCCUCACGGUGAACAAGAAGAUCGCGCUGUUGAUGAAGAUUUGGGCGGUGCUGCCGCAGGGCCACAAGAAGGCCAGCGUGGCUCAGCGGUUUGCAGAUCUGCUGCCGAGCUUCGCAUCGGAUGACCAUCGCCAGAACGAGAUCACGAAUCUGAUCAACGCAUUUUGGACGAUCCUGUCUGACGUAGGCCGCUCCGACCGGCAGGAGCUGCUGGUGGGUCCAUUGGUGGCCACGGGUGGGCCAAACUCCGAGAAGAAGCCGACGGGCUGCACGGAGUUCCUGAAGCUCUUCACCAGGCGCUUGCCCCCGCCCCUGGCAGUGGAACAGUUCUUCAAGGUGCUCGGGGAGUUUGAGGCUGGAACUCCUGCGUACAAGUUCAUCCAAAGCGACAUCUGCAAGUCGAGCAACGGCCGCCAUGACGAGCUCAUGAAGAGCGUCUUCAAGAAGUAUCUGCUGAAGGAGGACGAGGGGCCAGUGAAAGCGGCGGAGAUGUUCAAGGUGCUGCUGGCAGAUGCGCGGUCCAGGGAUGUGAUCCAGACCUCCUUCGACACCCUCACUGAGCACUUGGAAGGAUAUUCGGAGAUCGGGCUGCUGCAGACGGUGGUUCAGAAAAUGGGCAGCCUCGAGAAGCAGAGCAGGCAGAAGGGGACCCGGGAGAUCACGCCCGAGGCCUCGUUGCCGGUGCCCAUCGAUUGGCUGCAGUUCCUGAAGCUGCAGGAAGAAGCGGUGCCCCACGUCCAGUUCCUGCUGAUGGUGCUGCACACGGGCAUCGGGGAGUCGGAGCUGCUGGGGUCCAUGAUCACCAAGUUCGGGAAGAUCUUCUUCUGGGAUUGCCUUGGACACGUCCUGUCUGCAGCUCAAGGCAAGCUGGUGGAGCAGGCGAUCCCAGCGCCAGUUCUGGGCGUGCUGCAGGGCUUGAACGUGAAAGUCAUGGAGGAAGCGGACAAGAAGGCGAAGGCGGUCACCGGCGUGGCCGCCAGCGGCAAGAAGCGCGGAAAGGGCUCCUUCGGCGUGGGCUCCGCGAUCUUCGGCCUGGAUGGCACCAAAUGGGGAUCAGUUGUGGCGGAUGAAGGUCGGGCGUGGAAGUUGGACAGUGGUCGCAUUGCCAAGAAGGAGACGGAGGGCGACAAGUGGACCUGGGCAGGUGGAGUUAGCACCAAAGGCGACGAGGGUGCCUGCAAGUACUUCCAAACUGUGGCCGACAUGAAGAAGAAGGCCAACGUGAAGGACCCUAGUGCGCGGCUGUCAGGCUACUCGGAUCUUAUGACCCUCGCGCAAAAGGAGAAGGACGCGGGCAAAGCCUUUGAAGACUUGUUGCCGUUCCUGCUGUCCCGCUUCAAUGCCGAGCAAGAACAAGGCCGCUCACACAUCCUCUCUGAGCUCUUUGUGGGCAAGAAGCUGCCAGAUGACCUGUGGGAGGACAAGCUGGAGCAGCUCCGCAACUUCUGGAAGGUCAGCAGCAAAGCGCGGGAGAGCUCCAGCUACCAAUGCACCUGGAACAAGUGCGGCCGCCAGCUGGUGGAGAAUGCUUUGAAGAACUGGGGGAAGCCCAUCAAAGACGGCGAGGAGGCGCCGCCCUACCCCACCGAAGCGUGCCUCUUCGGCCUGGAGGUGGUCUCGGAAAUCGACCUCCCCGAGCUCCUGGUGAAGAACCAUUCCAAGAUCGAGACCCUCAAGGACCUGGAGAACGCCACGCGGUGGGUGCUCGAGACGGCGGUGCCGCUGAGUGGGGAGCAGUCGGCACCCCUGGAGGAUUUCUGGAAGGCACUGAAGACCAUGAGCACCAUCAAGUUCUGCGGGGAGGAUCCGGAUGCAAUCACGUCCUGGCGAACGGAGAAGUCCGUCAAGGCGCACAAGGAGAAGUCCAGCACGUCCCCGGAGGUGUCCGUCAUGGAGCCAGGCUCAGUGGUACGGGGCGUGCAACGCGGCAACUGGCUGGAGCUGAUCAACGGUCAGGGCUUCAUGCUCAUCACGUCGGAGAAGACCGGCCUUCCCAUCAUGAAGCAGGAUUCCGGGAACACCGGGGAGAAGGGCCUGUGGGAGACGUAUCCCUUCGUCAGCGAAUGGUGGCGCAAGUUGCUGGCUGGAGGGGUCAAGCAGAAGGCCAUCGACUUCGUCUUCGUGGGAGUGCUGAACCUCCUGGCUGAUCGUCAGCAGCACUUUGUGGCCGGAGACAAGAAGUUGUCCAAGAGAUGGUGGGCGCCUGUGGAGUGCGAAGAGUACAAGGAUGCAGUGACUAACAUCCUCCAGCACAUUGAGUCCGGCGUAAUCCCCUCGAAGGAGGGCUCGGCCAUGAUCACGAGGCGAAUCACGGCUCUGAAGAACAUCAACAUCAUGACUGACCUGAAGUGGAAAGUGCUCGCCACGAAGCGCCGGGAAAGAGUGGAGGACCGGACCCAGAUCCAAAGCUCCGUGGGCCAGGCCCUGUCCCAGCUGCCUUUCCGGCACCUGCCUGCCACCAAGUGGGUGGAGGGAGAAUCCUGGGACAUCCAGAAGCACCACAAGUACACCCCGCUGCCUUGGCAGACGGGCCGGUGCAAGGACUCCAUCGCGGCACAGGAGCUCGACACCAUCAACAAGCUGCUCCAGCGCCCCAAUAGGCGCCAGGUGCUGUGGCAGAUCUCGGAGAUCGCCGCGAUGCUCUCCGGGCCCAAGAUCACCCAGCUCGUCGAGGCCAGCAUCGCCACGUUGAACGCGCGCUUCGAAGGCAUGGCCCGCACGGUGGGGCGGCACUACCCUUACCUGAACUCCGCCCUCACGAAGAACGAGACGUUGAAGGGGAGCUGCGACGUCCUCACGCCGCUGAUGGAGCUCUUGUUGUUGGAUGACCCCACGCGCGAUGCUUGCGUUGCCAAGCUCAUGGAACGCAAGGAUGCCGAGUACUUGCUGCUGUUCGGAUGCAGCUUUGGUCGCCACCUGAGUACAGUGCGCCAGGAGUGGCUCCACAAGUGCCUUUGCAAGCUGAAAGCCAACGGCGAAGAGACGGAGUUCUUCCACUACCGCAACCGCGGGCCGAUGCUGAGCCAGAUUGCUCGCUACGGCAAGGGUGACCCCGGCUGGCGCAAGGCGCUCGACAACGCAAAGGGCGCGGUGCAGAUGUACCUGUGGCACCCGAAGACGCAGACCGAAUUCCUGAAGAAGGCGCUGUGGUCCACCGAGCAGUCGGAACUGACCCUCAUCCCACGCGUGGAGUUCGCGGAUGGCGUCUCCCGAGUCAGCGAGCUUCUGAGCAUCUACCCCAAGGAUCAGACCACCAAGGACAGCUCCGACGUCUGGGGCUGGGAGGUCAUCCAGGCGGCGGGCGCCUACAGCGACAUCAACCAAGAGGUGGAGCGGCGCUUCGCCGAGCUGCCAGAGCCGAGCUUCUGCGACAAGGUGGAUGACCCUGAGGUGGAGACCCUGCUGAGCGCCUUGGGCCGCUCCGACAACGCCAUGGGCGCCAUGAAGGUGCUGGGCCCUCACGCGGGCAAGGUGAAGCAGGCCAAGGAAGCGGUGACAAAGAUGAUCUCGCAGCUCAGCCCACCUCAGGCACGAGUGCUGAUUCGGCAAGUGAUGCUGCCCAAGAAAGCGGGCGUGGGCCUUCAAGUGGCAGGAUUGAAGAAGAUCGUGGACCUGCGAAUUCCAGAUCCGUUGGAGCUCUACACCUAUGUGUGGCGCAAGGGGGAAUGCCAGCGAGAUGUGGCAGGCAACAUCUUGUCCAAGGUCGCGACCUCCGGAGAGUUCCCGCCCGAGGAUGUGCGCAUCUACUUUGAGUACUUCGACCGCACUGACAACCAAGAUGACCAAGCCUACGUGGCUCAGAUCCUGCUGGACCAGCUGAUCGAACAGCACGACUGGGUGCUGCCCUACUUGCCCAAGGUGGUCUCCAAGCUGGCGAUGGUGCCUGGAGCGACUCAGAAGUCCGUGCAAGCGCUGAAGCAGUGCACCUCCAACGUUGCUGAUGUCGUGCAAGCCUUGACGAGCAUCUUGCAAUGCUGUCGCCUCGCAGCCCGCACCGACCCCAAGCUCAACAAGGAAGGCACCGACGGCAGGGUUUUGGCGGACCUCAUCUCGCUGGUAUCCUUCAGUAACUUCACGGACGUGGUGAGCUGUGUGGGGCGCAUGUCGCUGGAGGAGUGCGAUGGUCAGGUGCUGAAAACCUUCCUGCAGGAGGUCUUGCGAAGAUGGAGUGAUGCGCUGACAGCAAAAGAUUCCAACGCGAGGAGCUGCUUGAGCUGUGCAUUGGCAGUCUGGGUGAAGCUGCUUCGUCCCUCCGAGCAGGAUGUUUGGGCGAAGGAAAUCGCUGCCAUGGAGCAGCGCCUGCUGAAGGAUGGGGUGGCGGAGAGCUUGGGCCAGAUGGCGCAGGCAUUGGCAGGCUACGCGCCAGACAUGGGCCUGUCACCAGACGACGCAUGA